AUGCUCCUCCUAUCCUCUACGUGUACAGAGCCCUUAGGGAGGAAUGAGGCUGGCAAGACCCUGUACACAAUAUAAACUGAUCCAUCUGUGAGAAUGGACUGUUAUCAAAUACACAGCAAACAGCCAUGGGAAGCCAAACUGGGCAGCUACAAGAGAUUUGUAGGUCUUAUUUUUUUUUUUCUUAGGUUUCAGUUAAUCCUGUUGUAGGUCUUAUUAUUAUUAUUUUUUUUUCUUAGGUUUCAGUUAAUCCUGUUGCUUGUGUUAGGUUUUGGUGUUUGGAGAGCUAAGAAACAUUCUCUCUUUGAAGAGAAAAAUCACACUGACAUGAUAAUGAUAAACAAGGUAAUAAAAAAUUAAUCAUUUACAACUUCAGGAACAAUAGUCCUCUCUCUACCAGCUGUGACAUCUUUAGUCUAGUGAGUUAAUGUCUGCCUAUGCAGGACUGGCAUAGGUUACAAGUGCUACUGUCACUGUGGUUCUGAGGAUGCAAAACUGGUGGGAUGGAGCUGGAGCAUCCAGAUUCCCAAAGGAGUAAGCUGAGUACAUGCUACAGCUGCCAGUUUUGGUAAAUGACACUUUCAUUACUAGUGUUUCAUGUGGAUUUUACAUCAUUCUUAGCCUGCUAUUAACUUUGCAUGUAAAACCCCCCAUUACAACAGGAAGGUUGGAUUUCUUUUCCUGUUUUCACCUAAGGUAAAUUUGGCCUCUUUCUGAUAGCUGAGGUUUGCCACAGAUCUACUCUACAGUCGCUAGUGAAUUUAGAAAUUAACCUGGUAGCUGUGUUUUUCUUGUUGGACUCAUCUUCUCAUACAAUUCCAGCAGAGCAAGUAAAGAUAUGUAGCCUGAUCUGAAUGUCAUGCAGUUAUGAGAUUCUAAUUCAUUUGUAGAUUUAGAGCUAGGGUAAAAUUACAGGCAUCUAUUACUUCAGACACACAGAAAGCUCAUUUGGGAUAAACAGAAUUAAUUCUUUUUUUCUUUUUUUUUAAAUGCUAGUUUAAAAUAAUGACAUAAGUCAGCAACAAAAAUUAGGACAAAUAAAAGCAUUCUUUAGCUUCUCCUUGUGAAACAUAGCCAUCCUAGCAGCUUUUGUUUUACCCAGAACAAGAUGGUGUUGACAACUUUAUGCACUUUUUUUCUCAAGGCACUUUUCUGACCCUGUAAAAGCUGACUCCAUUUCCUAAGUGAAAAUACCGUAGGUACUUUCCAUAUCUAAUUGUAAGUAAAUUGUAAAAGUCAGCAUUAAAAUUCUCAAGAUAAUCAGUUGCAUUUCUAAAUGGAGUCUGAGAUGGAUUUGUUUCCUGGAUUGUCUCCAACUGGCCACAAGUGCCGAGUAUGUCUCUCAUUGCAAGAGAUGUUCCGUAUUCUGUAGGAAAAUGUACUGCAUAGCAUUUUAAAAUACGGCUCUAAAAGAUUAUCAUUAGCAUAAAUUAUGUGCACUGAAACCAUCACAAAGCACUUAAGGCUGCCCAUAAGUGAACACCAUUUUAUUUAUCCAGUUCUGAGUAUAAGGAUGAAUUAUUCUAAGCCUGCAUUAUUAAUACUGAAAUCACAAAGGAACACUACAGAGCAGAAAGUGAAAUGUGUGAUAUGUGCAUACAGGUACAUAUGUAAUUUCUCACAGAUAAUAUGAUGUAUUAGAGAGUAUACGCUAUAUUUUGAAAGGGUGCACACACUACAGAAAAUGAAGCUCAAUGCUGUGUCCAAAUAAACUGAAAAUAAAAUGAUUCCAGAGAGAGUUGACGCAAUGGUGGAUUGAAACCAUGUCUUCAGGAUCAGAACGAAACCACCCCAUGAUUUUUAACUAUCUGAUUUUGCAUCCCCACAUAAUGUGUAGAGGCUGACACCUGGCACCUGUUUUUAAGACUUAGAAUAGGUUUAUCAGAAUAUAUCCGAGGUAAUUUGAAUAGUGAGGAAGUCAGAAUGGCCCUCUGCCUCCCUUUUGCAUUUGUCAGGAGAGGAUUUUUGCCUUCAGCUCCAAGUACUAGGUGUGGAGCACGUUGCUUAAGCACAAUAACAGUUCCCUCCCUUCUCAUUAAACUGGAAAUAAAUAUACAUAAAAUAUCUCCCAAAGUUCAAAAGCAUGCAUCAACACGGGUGCCAGCCCCCUGCCUCUUACAGUAGACUAGCUGUUAUGGCAAAGCUGAAAACUGUGGAGCUAAGUGCAUGAUCUCCUCAGUAGUCCAGUGUCUUUCCCUCAGGCAGAAAUACUCCAGAGUGCAGAGCAAUAUAAAGAUCACUAAUGCUUUCAGUAUCUUAAAAAGUUAUUUAAACCAAAAUAAGAAUACAUUUCCCACCAAAGACAGGUCCAAAUUUCUGCAGUACAGGACUGGGCUUUUGUUUGUUCUUUGUCUUCAACUUGAUAGAUGUUGUGUUAAAUAUUUUGCACAUAAAGUUGAAUUAUUUCAAACUUUGAGAAGGUAGGUGAUGUGGUAUUUGGAGCUACAUAAACACAAGCAAACAAUGUACUUGAGCACGUCUCCCUCAUCACAAUGAGUGCUCUUUCUCAGAGGCCAGUGUGGCUGCCACUUUGGCCAUGUUUCAGAAGAAAGCAAUGGCACUGCUGACAUUUUUUCCUUUAGUGCCCUAUCUGGGAAGGAUUUUGAGCAUGAUUUGCCAGAAAUUGCUUGGUUAGCCUAUACAGCUUAAGAACAGUUUUCAUGUCUUCAGAAGAAGCACUUAUUGUUGUUGAGAUUCCUGGCAGAAUUUAGCUGACAGAAAGUCCAGCAAAAUGACAAGCUAGAACAUGACAAAGCUUUGCCCAUGUAUUGCUACUUGCCUCAGACAUCAGCUACAAGCAUCUCUUUGCCUCAGAGGUGAGCUGGCUGUCACCCCAACUUGUUGUAUCUUGGAUUAUAUUCAGUCCUAACUCUUCUUGAGUAUCAGAUAAAGAGACAAGAUGUCUGCUUGAGACACCAGGUUCCUCUGCAAAGAUGACUACUCAAAGGUUUGAUGUGCUGCCCGAACUCUUAAUUGGAUCCAACACUGUAAUUUGUUCCACAAUAGGAUGACCCAGCAUGGUUUUUCCAGCACAACAUGAAAGAAAAUGAAAAAAAAGUGGCUCUACAAAGCUGUUAAAUUGAUUCUAUAAAUUGCAUCACUCAACAGCCUCAGGCUGACUAUGAAUAUUUCAGUACUGUUCAUCUCUUCAGCUUCACGUCUAAUGUUCUUCUGGAGUAAACAAGUGUUGUGUGGGAAAGCCUGCUUCCGUAGUAAAUAAAAUGCGUUCCAAAAGAGAGCUCAGUAGCAAUUACUGGAAAUUUGAAGAUGAACUGAUGUAAAAUUAAAGAAUCUUAUAAGACACAUUUUCAAAUUAAAGAAUCUUUUUAAGCACAAUUUCAGUAUAAUUCUGCAAGACACAAGUUUGUUCUAUGGAACCUGAAGGGUAUAAAUUUUAUCAAAAUAUGAUAUUACUGACUUGAAAAAGGUACUGAAAAAUCUGUGUUUCUGAGAAGAAUUCAGACAGUGCUGGAAUCUGUUAUGGUACUACACUGCCCAAACAACCAAGAACUUAUCAGCAAAGUCCAGAAAAGCAGUAGCAAAGUGAUACUAAACGUUUCAUCACAUAUCUCUAUUACCUUAAAUUUUGUGUAAUAGUGUCACAUAGUUUUGUGGACCAAAUAUCAGUAAGGCUCUCAUUUAUAUAUUAGAUAAUCAGAUGUCCACCCUAAAAAUACACUAAAGGAAAAGGUUCUUGCCUUGAGAACAGGAAAUUCAUCACCAGGGCAACAAGAGUGUUUCUAUUAUCCAAGCAGAGACCAUGGGUGCUAAAACUACUUUUUAUACUGGAAAUUAUUAUUAGCAACUCCUCCUCACAGGGACUGAGGAGGCUGCCAGACUCUAUCAUGCAGCAAAGCACAAGAAAGCUGCAUGUGACCAUCUGUACAACUUUCCUCAUGUCCUAUAUGGAUCUUCUUCCUGUUCUUGUUAAAAACCUUUGUAUUACAGGCAAUUAGACUUCUCAAAAGUUAAAUCCUUGCAAUUAUUUGCAUAUUCAGUACCAAAUUGGACUGGAGUGUGCAAUGGACAGAACUGCCAGACAGCAAGACCCUAGACAAAGUGCAACCUGAAGAAAAUCAUCAACAGUGGCAUGUUUUAAAUGAACCUGCAUUUAGGGCUUGAUUUGUAAGAAGCAUUAAGAGCCCAGAUCAUGAACUUCACUGCUCAGAAAAUGGCUGUGAAAACGUCUAAUUUCUAUCUACCUGAGUCCACAGGAUGGGAUUGAUGAGACAUACAUAAAUCUGAAAAAUGCAAAUUGUGAACAUGCUAUAUAAAGGCCAGCAAUUUCCACAAGUACAUCUGAAGAUGACUUUGACACAGUAUGAACAGCAGAUUAUAGAUUGUCAAAGAAAAUCUUUCUGAAGGAGAUAGCAUAAAGGAUUGUUCAGUACUUCCAGUAAAUGAGACGUGGUAGCUUCUUGCCCCUGCAAGUGAAGUGCUAAAAUCCUAAUGGACCAGCAGCUAACCAUAUUUCGUAUACUGGGAAAGUAAAUUGAAACAAAACCAGAAUUGCCAUUAAACGUGAACAGAACUGGGAUUCCCAACUUCAUGCAGCUUAUUGAAUAUUUUCCAUUUUUAUUUUAAUGUUGAAGCAUUUUAAAAUAUCUCUGCUGCUUUCUUUCAUCAUCAGUCCACUUAGCAAGGCAAUGGUUGUUGUUUUUAAUGAAGAAUAGUUGUAAAAAAAAUCCAUUUUACUCUUUUCUCAGUAUUCCUUUUUCCUAACCUGAUGCCAUGCUUCUGCUAAUUACCAUUGACUGGAAAACAGCUGACCAAUUAACCCUGGCAGGGUAGUCAUUAGUUUGCUGGCACUGCCUGUCUUCCAUCAGGCAGAGAGGACUGAUUGGUAGGUUCAGCUAAUUAGCAAGGAGCUGGCAGAGCCCACUGUUCCUUAAAUGAUGAACAUCCCCAAACCACUGAGAGAAAUUACUGGAUCAUUUAAAACACAUGACUGAAUAUCUUCAAGUAGAUAAAAGCUAGUAAACAAGGCUAUAGCUCUUACUGAGCAGAGUCAGAAACUAAUUGGAGAGGAAAGGCUAACAGGCUUUCUAUUGUUGUUGUGUUGGAGUUUUGUUGUUGUUUUAUAUUUUAAACUAUUGGGAUUGGUUUGUUUCCAUUGUAGUCUACCAUUAAUAUCAGUUAGCUAUAAUUAAAAGCUAGUAGUGACUUAAGAGGAUCUAUUUGAUAAACAGUGAGACCUAAAAUGACUUUUCUUCCAAAGUGGCUAACUUUUCUGAAAGGCAAAGAAGUUGUUAUUGCUAAUGCUAUAAUUGCAAUACUGACAAUUGGUGGGCAGCAACUCUUCUCUUUCUUUACAUUCAGCUGCCCUUGUCAUGAGGGGCAGAACCUCAUCUAUGGGUUGGCCUUCCUAGGCGUUCCUGCACUGAUUCUUCUGGUUCUUGGCUAUGCUCUGAACAACCAGACCUGGAGGCUGGUUACAGGCAAGAGAUCUCCUCUCCUGGCAGAGAGCACAUGGAAUCACUUACUGCAGUGCAAGCUGACCUGCUUUGUACUGUGCAGCAUCACUGGGAGAGCACUGGUUGCUCCAGUGACAUGGCUAGCGGUCACUCUGAUAAAUGGCUCCUACUAUGUCUGUGCUGUGAGUGAAUAUGCCUCUGCAUAUUACUAUGGAGACAUUCCUAAUGUGACUAUUAGUGAACGUCAGAGGAUUUUGGCUGCAUUUCCUUGCAGUCAACUAGUUCCACCAGAGCUGAGCAGGGCACGAGAUGAAGUGAUCCUCCUGCUCCGGUACCAGUCACAGGUGGCUGGCUGGCUUCUGAUUGCUGUGGUAGUCAUCACUGUCUUCCUGUCUUACUGCCUAGCAAGCUGUUUUUCUCCGCUCAGCUUCCUGCACUUCAGAUACUGGACCAGCUAUGUCCGUAACGAGCAGGAGCUCUUUGAUGAAGCAACAGACCAGCAUUCCAAGCUCUAUGCCAUGAAGCAUGUGAAGAAGUUCUUUGGAUUUGUCCCAGGAAAUGAAAAUAUAAAUGAAAUCCGUAUCCCAUCACUUAGAGAGUGGCAAGCCAUCUCCGGACUGGCCUUCCUAAAAUUAGUGGAUGAGGAGCACUACGACUACAGCCUUCUUCAUGACUGGGCACUCAAGGACUCAGCAGACAGAAAAUACCUGAAGCUUGAUGAAGACCCCUGACCGUAACUUAGCUGUGAGGUUCUAAGCUCCUUCCAGCACCUUGUGGAAAAAUCAGGGGUGUCUAGCUCCGUUUUAGACCUGAACUGCUGUGGAGAUUUUGGAUAUCAUAUUACAUAAAGGACACAAAUAAGUACUUUGUUAAUGUAGUCUUUCAGAAGCUUAUACACUGUUCUUGAUGUGAUGGUGUCUAACCCUGUGGGAUGCAUACGUUAGAUGCCCCAUCUGACUGUGGUGGGCUGUUUUAAGCUGAAGCUUCACUUUCUAACAGUUCUGCAAAGGGGAUGAGUUGUACUGGGUAAGAAAGCUAUACUCAAAUGCUUUCUCUUCCCACUUGUUAAAAAGUCUUUAAUAGUGGCUUCUGAACGAUUAGAUCCUAUGAGCCUGAUCCACUAUGUAUAAAGUAGAAGCAAGAUAUCUAGCUUUGUCUUAAAGACCUCCAGCAGAAAUACUUUAUUUUUCCCCUUCCACUUUCUUAUAUAAAACACUUCCUCAACCAACGCUGAGUCUAAAGUAGUAUGAAAACUUUCAGUGAGCAAUUGAUAUUUCUAGCAGAAUUGAGAUGCACAAGAUGGAGGGGUAAAUCAUAUAGCAGUUCUAAGGGGAGAGGGGGAAGGAUGGGAAGAAGAGAAGGGGAGGGGAAAGAAAACAACAAAGCAAAAAGGACACUUUACAUGUGGAAGCUUGAAUUUGAGCACUUCCUAAGUUGAAGCAGUAGCAAGGUUAGUUUCCUGUUCCUUUUGCAUGUACCCCAAAAUGUGUCAGAUUUUACAAAUAAGCUGGCCUACUAUGCAGGGAAAUAUCCUUCUGAAGUUAGGUUUGCUUUGCCUCUGAAAAUGCUAAAGUUCAAGUCAUACUAUUGUGCCCACAAUUAUUGCUGCGGUUAUUGCUUCCUGAAUUGCCUUGCAGAGUGUGUGCUACCUAGUCAUAGGACAGGCUGCACAAUGCUACCUACUGGGGGGUUUUGUUUGUUUGUUCUUGUGAUUUUAUUAAAAACAACAACAAAAGAACAGUCUUGAAAUAGGAAAAUACAUGUAGCACUUUCCCUUGCAGAAUGCAGGAGCUGAGAGUAUGAUAAAAAGCAGGUCUUGGUAAGUGCGUUUGCACUUCCUUUGAGAAACUUCUAAGCAUGGACUUGAAAAAAGUUGAAGAUGCUGAGUAACUGGAGAAAUGUGUAUUUUACAUCCCUGAAAAUUUUGCAAAUCUCACAUGUUCCACUUGACUCCUGAAGUUUCUAUUAAUAUGUAUGGUAUCUAGGUUGAGUUUAGAAAGCAAAGCAUCUGUUAGUGAAUACAGUCUCUAAUUUCACUUUGAAUUCAUUGGUGUUUGGUUUUGGUUUCUUUUGUUGGUUUGGUUUUUUGUCUUUUUUUGAAGAUGGAACACUGUGCACAGUCUAGAAGACAAACAGCUGCUUUGUGUAUCUGAAAGUUUCUCCUUCUCUCUGAUUGGAGUAACAAAAACUAACUGCUACCUGUUCUGUGAUUCUUUUUCCUUCCUGCUUUGUUUUACAGUGCCACUAUGAAAUGAUGCAAUGUUUGUAAGAAAGCGAGCUGUCAGCCUCUUACUAAUAGUGAAACUAUGACUUUUAAAUCUUCAUGUUGUCUAGCUUUGUCCCAAUUGCUGUUUUUCCCUUGUUUUUAGAGUUUAUUUAAAAAUAAUAAAUCUGGGUAAGAAACUUUAUCUGUUAUUGUGAAUUUAGCCUGCUAAUGUGCAUAGUAUUGCCUUGUUGGGAUAUGUUAAUCCAUAGUAUUAAAUACAGCUGUAUCAUGAUGGAU